AGUACAAAAAUGAAACAACUAGUCCUUAAAAGGAGCCAAAACAACUACCACCACCACCUAUCCACCACACACAUCUCUGCCUCUCUCCCUCUCUUCUCUCAAUUGCUCAAGCAUGGAGAAUCAACGCAAUACUCUUCUUACUUGGGCUUACUACUGCCAGGGAAAGAGCAUGGAUGAGCUGAGGCAAUCUCUGCUACUCGCAACUCUGGAGCUAGAAACAACUAGGCUGAAAGCUCAAGAAGAACUCAAAAUGAGAGAUGACCAAUUGAACCACCUCAAAGAUCUAGUCACUGAAGCCAUCAGAGAGAGAGACGAAGCUCAAGACAAAUGCCAGAGACUUGUCUUCGAGAGACUCUUAUUCCAACAACAACAAUUGCAUCUCCAACAACAACAACAACAACAACAAUUGCAUCUACAACAACAACAACAGUGUCAACAAAAUGCCCCACUCUCUGGAAUUUCAAGCAUUGAAGAUGAACCCAGAAGAGGAUUAGACUCCAACAAUGGCUUUUCCUCUUCGGAUUGCGAAGAAAGCAUCGUUUCUUCGCCGGUGAUCGACCCAAUUCCACCUCCUACCCAAUUACCACCGCCGAUUGAUGAAUUGAUAAAUCCAUUGGUUUCUGAUAAGCCAUUGCCGGAAAAGGGAAAGCUUUUGCAGGCAGUGAUGAAAGCAGGGCCGCUCCUCCAGACUCUGCUUCUGGCAGGGCCGCUGCCGCAGUGGCGCCACCCACCGCCGCCAAUUGACUCCUACCAGAUCCCACCACCGCCAGUGGCCAUCCCGGCACGGCCACCACAACAACUGAUCCACCAAGACUCUUUCCUCAACAUUGACAAUUGUAGUAGAAUUGAUAGAAAAAGAGGACUCUGUGAAGGCUCUGUUUCUCCAACCGAGACUAAGUACGAAAGAGUUGUUCUUCAUUGAUUAGCUACUACCACUAUUUACAUGGUAAUCCUACAUAUAGUUAGAGAGUUAUAUACCAACCAUUUUAUUUAUACUGAUAUUUAAGCCUAGUGAGGAUGAUUGUAAGGGUUGGGUAUGCAACUGAUUAUCUAGUACUUGUACACAGCUCUGUUUCCUUCUCUCUUUCUUUCUUCUUUUUUCUGUUUUUUGGCAGUGCUUUGGAUGGAGAUUUUGUUCCCUUGUGUUGGUUCACAUUUGGGUUUUUUUCUUUGUGAUGUGAAUGGGGGAUUGAUUUCUCCAAGAUAACUGUGAGAUGUGGACUGUAGUUACUUUAAUUUUAUUUUAUUUUUUUUGUGAGUGGAGAGAGAGAGAGAGAGAGGUGAUGGGUUUGGAGUGAGGGAGUUGUUGAAGAUGGGUAUGGCCAACAAGUAGGUAAUGGGAGCCCUACUUGUGGGGUAUUUAAGUGGAUCCCACAAAUCAGAAUCAGGAUCUACUACUAUUGUGAUGUUUGUUUAAUUAUUUUCAUCUUUAAAUCUGAUCUUUUAUGUUUCUCAAAU